UCUCAUUUUCCUCUCAACACAUCCUCAUCCUAAUCAAGUGAGAGUGCACCUUUCGUCAUGGGAUCAAAGCUAUGGUUCUCAACGGUCCUGCUUGCUUUCAUUUUGCUGGGCCUUGGCUUCUCUGCAACUCUCCUACGUCCCGGCUCCCAUAUAGAUGGGGAAUUAAGAGAAUUGGAUGAACAGAAGAUCCCUGCAAUCUACAUAUCCAUAUCCGCAGCAUUUAAACAGCUCAAGAACAUCGUGUUAGGUGUGAGUGGAGGAUGGUUUUCCAGCAUCAACGCUGCCACCGGCAGUGAGCCUAAGAAAACUGGAGUCAUUCUCCUGGCUCCUAACCUAACCACUUGUCACAGGUCACUUUCAGAUGCUGAUAAGCCAGUCUACUGUUGCCCUCCUAAAAGAGAAUCGGAGGAAUCUGUCAUAGAUUUCCAGUUCCCUAGCCCUUCCUCACCAAUGCGUAUCCGUCGGCCAGCUCACCUCGUCGAUGAAGAAUAUAUUGCCAAGUACCAGAAAGCCCUCUCAAUCAUGAAGCAACUCAGCUAUGAAGACCCACGUAGCUAUUUACGCCAAGCAAACAUGCACUGCAUCUAUUGCACCGGGGCCUAUAAUCAAGAAAAUUCGACAUCCCUUCUCAAGAUCCAUCGUUCAUGGCUUUUCUUCCCUUGGCAUCGCAUCAUGAUCUACUUCCAUGAGCGGAUCCUUGGAAAGCUCAUAGGAGAUGACACCUUUGCAUUGCCUUACUGGAAUUGGGAUGCCCCUCCAGGCAUGGUGAUACCUAGUAUGUACUUGAAUGGAUCUUUCCUUGAUAAGGACCGCGAUAACUCCCACCUCCCACCCCAAGUUACCGACAUCAACUUCGACUACGUCGAGAGUGGGCUUGGUUCUGAGGACCAAAUAGCCACCAACGUUGCCUUCAUGUACCAUCAAAUGGUUUCUGGAGCAAAGAAGCCUGAGCUCUUUAUGGGCUGCAAGUACAAAGCUGGUGAGGAGGGCUCCUGCGAUGGGCCAGGAACAAUUGAGUUAGCUCCCCAUAAUGCGUUACACACAUGGGUUGGGAGCAAUCUGCAUCCUGAGAGGGAGAACAUGGGCGCAUUCUACUCAGCUGCACGUGACCCUGUCUUCUAUGCUCACCAUGCAAACAUUGAUCGCAUGUGGACAAUCUGGAAGAGGCUAAGAAGGAACCGCCCUGAGUUUGUCGACCCUGAGUGGCUCGAUUCUUACUUCUAUUUCCAUGAUGAGAAUGCCCAACUUGUCCGGAUCAAGAUACGGGAUUGCUUGGACAUAACUAAGCUCAGGUACAGUUAUGAGGAGGUGGACCUUCCCUGGCUCAAUGCACGCCCUAAGCCAUCCAUUCCUCCUAAAAUCGCACGCAACAUAUUGAAGAUGAGAGAGAGCCAGAACACGAUGCAACUAUCAAGCUAUAGCUGGUCUCCAGACUUUGGUCAGGAGGGUCGUACCCUAGACACUACCAUAAGGGCCAAGGUUCAAAGGCCUAAGAGGCAGAGAAGCAAGAAAGAGAGAGAGGAAGAAGAAGAGAUCUUGGUUGUGUAUGGGAUUGAUGUUAAGAAGGAUGUGUACAUGAAGUUCGAUGUCUACGUCAAUGUAGUUGAUGAAACUACGACAGGUCCUGAAUCUCGAGAGUUUGCAGGGACCUAUGUUAACAUGCGCCGUGGUGUAAGGUUAGUGAUGAAUAAGGGAGAUUCGACAAUGAAGACAAAGAGCAAUCUUAAGUUAGGAAUUUCAGAAUUAUUGGAAGAUUUGGAGGCAGAUGAAGAUGAGAACAUCUGGGUGACUUUGGUGCCGAGAGGAGGGACUGGAGUAAAUACAACCAUUGAAGGGAUCCGGAUUGAAUAUAUGCGGUGAUUGCUGAGGUUAGGAGUCUAGACCACUAAGGCAAGGUGAUUCACUGGAGUAAAUAAACAGCUAGGGCCUCUUCCAUGAAGCCCUGAUACAGUCUAGGGAAAUUUAAUACUGUCUUAAGUUUUCUUUGAGCUUGUAUUUAAAUGAGUAAUAGCCUAUUCUUUUUAUCACAGAGUGAGCUGAGCGUCUUGUAUUUGAGAAAUUAAUACUUCUUUUCUUU